AUACAUAUUUGUCUCUUAUUUUUGGUAGAAAAUGAUGCACCCAGUUGCCAGCAGCAAUACAGCGUUCUGUGGGCCCGGCAAGAGUUCUUGCCUUAACGAAGACAAUGUGAGAUCCGCCGAUCAGUUUGACUUGUAUGCCACGCAGCAGAGUAAAUACAGCCACGCGGUCGGCCACAAACCCAUCGCGUGCCAGAGACAAGAUGCGCUGAACGAAUCGCACUUGCAGACCACAAGUGGCAGGAAUAUAGAGACAAAAGAUGAACUAAAGAAAAAGAAAAACCUCAACCGCUCUGGUAAACGUGGAAGGCCAUCAGGGACCACAAAAUCGGCAGGGUACCGAACCAGCACUGGUCGACCCCUGGGGACCACCAAAGCAGCUGGAUUUAAGACAAGUCCAGGCAGACCCUUGGGCACAACUAAAGCAGCAGGAUACAAAGUCAGCCCAGGCAGACCUCCAGGAAAAAAGCAGCAAGCCUUCAGGUGUUCCAGUGAUGCCUAACACAUAUUGAGCUGGACUUUAUGCUGUACUUUACAAUAGGUGUGUUGAAUUGUUUUGGGGGAACUGUGUAUGCACUGGCAACUAAGACAAUGAACCUCAACUAUACUGGAUGGCUCCUUAGUCGAUAGAUGAACUAAUGGCAGCUAAACUGCUACUAAAAAAUAGUUUCUUCGUGCUGAAGCUAUGAAAUCCAGUUCUAUGUUCUGUUCCUCAACAAACUUGCAAGUCUGAAAUUUAGCAGUCUGUCUCAGAACGAUGUAACUUCUGACACAUGCAAAAUGCUAACGUGAGUUAAUUCACCCUCAGGAUCUGUGUUGUAUUGGCUGUUUUUAAUCAGAUGAUUUUUCAACAAAAGACUGCUUUUAAGUUCUUUCCUGAACUCAGCUGGGAAAGCAGUCCUCUUCAGCGGAAUGUAGUCACUGCAGGAGUGUCCCACCUCGCUGGCAAGGAACGUGUUGCAUGUCACCACUCUACCUUGGAGAAACUCCACUUCUUACCUCCUCCUGUUUAUCCUGGUUGCUCCUGUUCCGUUCCUCACUUGUGCAUCUACUCGACGGUGCUGUGCUGUGUGUCAGGAGAUAAUGCAGAUAUAUUGCUGUUCUGCUAGUAUAAUGAAUUUUGUAUUCAAGUAUGCUGAUGAAAUAAUGAAAUUAUCUAAGCAAUUUCUGUUCAUUACAGUGUUUAUUAAUUAUAUCAGGUGGAAUAUAAUCCCAGUAAAAAACAAUUAACGUUGUCAAUUGUGAAAUGAGGAGCAUAAAGUAGAAGUGUUCAGAGAGUCUGUAAUGGGCUGCUUGGCACUCCUGAUUUAGCAAGGAGACCAGAAGUGCACUGCUGGGCAUUUCCCAAUUCUGGUUUAUUUUACAUCUGACUCUAGUUUACUGGUGCCGUGCAGUGAGGGGAAGAGAAAGAAGAAGUGAAGAGAUUCAAAGUGAACUAGAAAUGGAAUUUUCAAAUACUUCUGCUUUUCCUAUGUAUAAUCUGCAGAAUACCUUGUGCUUUUGUCAACACUUAUCUUUCCAUGAGAAACACUGAAACAGCAUGUUAAUGCCUAAACUUUAUUAGUACCAGUGGGAAAACUGGCCUUUUCCCCCCAUAGUAUGAAAACAUUAUUGUAAGGUAAAUUGCUUAUUUUAUAUUAUAUAUCAUAAUUCAGCUAUUCAUAAGCUAGGAUCACUGUUGUGUGUUAACACUGUUCAGAAGAUCUACAUGUCAAGUUUGUUUUUAAUAAUUUCUUUUAAUUAUCAAGUUUCUAACGUCUUAUUUAUACAUAAAUGAAAUGUAUUAGCUUGCUAUUAUUCCUUAAUGAUGCUAUACAAGUUCACUGUUUAAUAUACAUAUAGUAACUACUAUUCAGUUUCUGAUUAAAUUUACUUAAACUUUAAAACCAAAUAAUUUUGCUACUAUAAAGUCUUGCACUGGACAUAUUCAAGAUGCUAGCACCAUAUUUUGUCAGGAAAAUAUCAGAUACCAUCAGAAGUGGCUGACUGAUAUCAAAGAUAGUAUUUUUAAAAUCAGCAGUUAGCUUUGUCAUUAAAGCAAUGUUCUUUAUAUCUUGGAUUUAGUUUAAUCAAAAGAACUGUGUAUCAAGAGCCAUUAAAGAUCUCUGUUCUGAAUGAAUUUAUUUUCCUUUUGUCUGAAAGAUCUUAAGAGUUCAGUCAGGACAAAACCAAGCCUUGUCAGUGAAAAGUGAUGUGUCUGUCGAAAGAAUUACCUGGAACUACAAUACACAGAGUAACUCCGAUGAGAAUUUAACUCCCUCCCCCAUUUUUGAAGAGCUUUAAAAGGCAGAGCAAUGUGAAGUCAUUUGUCCGAUGGUUUCAUUAGCUGUGACUCUGCUGUUCUUUGUUACAUGUAUAAUAAUGUUUCACGCUAUACUUAGAGUUGGCAGUUAAAACAGUUGAUAACAAUCGUAAAUACUUUGAACUGCAGACUUCAUUUCUGACCACAAAAGUUUAUUCUUCUCUAUUUUAAUGCAUAUAUUUUAACACUGCUUAAAUAUAUUUAUGACUUUAGUAGAGACUAGACCUUUUUCCUUGUGAUUUUUUUUUUCCCCCCAAUAGAAGAGUCUGUAUUCUGAAAUUUGAACCACUUUCUGAUACUUUAAUCUUUCAUCAUUUGCUUUUCCACAGGUUUACUUUGGGGGAAACAGUAAUCUGUUAAAUAACUAGUAUCAGCACCCCGUCCUCUGCUGUAAAAAGCCUGAUUAGAUACUGUGUAUGUUUUUAUGUCCAUGAACUUGAGCUACUCGUGUGCAAUUAUGUGUAUGGGAAUGGAGUAGUGUUCAUGAUCUGUAUUUACAUCAUCAUAUGGAUGUAUAUUUAUUAAUAAAGUUAAUACUUUAAAACCUAA